CUCUCACUCCACACUCGACCUCUUCAGUCUGCACACUGUCUCCACUGUCACAGCGAACGAGUUCCGUCACCACAAUAAUCCACAAUGACAGACUCGGGGUCAAAGUUAAAAACAUUUAAGUUUUUAAAGAUUAUUACCAGUAGCCUCCUCCUGACAGUACUGAUCUUGUUUACUUUGGCAUCUAUCAGGACUUUUACACUGGACGUAAAUGUCGGACUUCAACUCGCACAGUGGGAAAAGACGAAUAAUGUGUCGCUCGUCAUAGACCACCACCAGCGAGAGGAGCUUCUCGCUAAUUUUAAAGAGGCCAUCCGGAUCCCCACAGUGUCAUUCUCAGAGACUGAGGGCAACACCACCGCGCUGCGGGAGUUUGACACUCUCCUGCGGAAAGCCUUCCCAACAGUUUUUUCUUCGAGCUUGGUUCAUCAUGAAUUGGUAGCCAACUACAGCCAUCUCUUUUGGGUGCAAGGGUCAAACCCUGACCUGGUGCCAUACCUUCUGCUGGCACACAUCGAUGUUGUACCUGCCUCAGAGUCUGAUGGUUGGGAGGCCCCACCUUUUUCUGCCAAGGAGAUAGAUGGCUUCAUCUAUGGUAGAGGAACCAUAGAUGACAAGAGCCCAGUAAUGGGAAUACUUCAGUCACUGGAGUACUUGCUGAUUAAAGGCUAUGCUCCACGCAGAGGAUUUUACAUUGGUCUUGGUCAUGAUGAAGAGGUCGGUGGUUACAAAGGGGCUGUUAGCAUAGUACGGUUAAUGAAGCAGCGUAAUGUGCAGCUGUCGUUUGUCAUGGAUGAGGGCCUAGCUAUACUCGAUGGGGUCAUCAGUGGACUUGAUGGACCUGCAGCUCUAAUUGGAAUAAGUGAAAAAGGGUCUGCCACUGUAAAGCUUAGCGUGUCUAUGGCCCCUGGUCAUUCCUCAAUGCCUCCCCGGGAGACCAGCAUUGGGAUCUUGGCUGCAGCAGUCAAAAGAUUAGAAGAGAACCCCAUGCCGAGAUUAUUUGGUCAUGGGCCUGAACGUGGUACCUUUGAGCAUCUCGCCCAUAAGUUCAAGCUCCCCAUGAAGUUCAUAAUGUCCAAUUUUUGGCUGUUUUCCCCACUCCUUGGAAGGGUACUUGAAAAAAAAUCUGACACUAAUGCUUUUGUAAGGACAACCACAGCAGUAACAAUUUUUAAAUCAGGAGUUAAGGUGAAUGUCAUCCCUUCCCUCGCUGAAGCUUAUGUUAAUCUUCGAAUCCAUUCAGCACAGACACUACAAGAGGUCCUGGACCUCAUCCAGUCUACAGUGGGGGAUGAGCGAGUGAAGAUGGAGCUUGUUGAUGGGUUUGACCCUCUGCCUGUCAGCUCUUCUGAUGAAAAGUCCUUUGGCUUCCAGAUCAUUAAGAAGACAGUGUUGGAUAUGUUUCCCUCUGUAACAGUUGCUCCAGGUAUCUGUAUCGGGAACACAGACAGUAGACACUUCAAGGACCUGACCAAUGAUAUUUAUCGCUUUGCCCCUAUCUGGUUUAAACCAGGUGAUGCUCAGAGAUUCCAUGGCAUCAAUGAAAGAAUUUCCAAAAAGAACUACGAAGAGCUUGUUGUAUUUUACUUCAAUCUUAUACAAAACUGUGACAUUCAAAAGCUCCCUGAGCCUCACAGCUCAGUCCAUGAACUUUAAAGAAUGGAACAAUGUGGGUAAUUGAUGGCUGAUUUUUCUAAAAGCCUUCAUUAUUGUCAUUUCAAAUAAUUUCAACACCACCUGGCAGCACCUGGCUGUAUGUUGUUGUUUAUUUUUGAUCAGUGUUUUUAAAAAGAUAUUGAAUUCAAGAGCCAGAAAGUGAAAUUAUUUGCUCUGAGUUGUGCUUUGAAAUGAUCCCAAUUAUGGGAAUGAAAUGACUGAAAUCCUUUUUGAAGUUGUGAAUAAGAUUAGCAGCUGACUGCCUGAGAUGAUUUUUGACAGUGAAAUAAUAAUGUUACAAUUUAAUAAACUGACGAAUGAAU